UCCAGCUUCUCUGACUAUGAGUCCCAGCAGCUCUCAGAUUUUUCAAAGACAGUCUGUCUCUCUGAGCUGUGAGGAGGACGACAGCUCUGCUGGAUGGACUCUGAGGAGAAACACGAGUGAUGAAACCAGGACUCAGUGUGGAGGUGGCUGGGGAAGACCUGCUGGAUCGUCCUGUAACAUCAGGCCCAUGUUCACAUGGUACAGUGGAGUUUACUGGUGUGAGUCCAGAGAGGGAGCAACCAGUAACAGCAUCAACAUCACUGUCACUGGUGGACCAGUGAUCCUGCAGAGUCCUGUCCUCCCUGUGAUGGAGGGAGAAGACCUCACUCUGCACUGUGAAACAAAGAAGUCCUCCAACCUCACAGCUGAUUUCUAUAAAGAUGGCUCCCCCAUAUGGAGAGGGCCUAAAGGUCAAUGGACCAUGACCAUCUACCAUGUUUCCAGGUCUGAUGAAGGCCUCUACAAGUGCAGGUUCAGCAGUGUUGGAGAGUCUCCAUCCAGCUGGGUCUCUGUCACAGGUGAGGAGGUUAAAGAGAAACCCCCAACUACAAGUCCUCCUUCAUUUCCCUCUAGUCCUGAUUCUUCCCCAACUCCCUCCGAGUUGUGGUCCGUUUCAGUCGGUGUUCAGAUUAGGCGGGUUCUACUGGUUCGACUGUUUCUUCCGGUUGGGAUUGUCCUACUGGUUGUGCUGGUUCUACUGGUGAGAAAAUGCAUCCGUAGGAAACCUAAAGGUUAGACACGGACGCCAGAACAACAUAAAUUAUGCAACAGUUAACAUUUAAAAAUCACAUU